UGGGGUUCAAAUCCGGUCACUUGCACAACCAAUAUAACUUUUUAAAUCAAUUUAAUUCUAAUCUUUUAAAAGAUUUUAAUUUAGUUAUAUUGCAAAACUUUUUUUAUGACUUUAAAAGAUUUUUAAAUUCGAAGGUAUACUAAGAAUUUCAACAUGAAAGUUUUUGUGAAUUAUAUUGGUAUGUGUUACACGGUUCCAUGUGAAAACGGUGAUGAAACAAUCAGUUGGCUUAUAGAUGAGACCUUAAAACGAAAAGCUAACAUUUUUGAAAACAGCGCUGAAGAAAAUGUAAUAUUAGAAGAACGAAAAAAUUUGUUCCUCAGGCAUUCUAAACAUUUUGGAAUACUUAAUAGUAAUGAUAAAAUAAAAGGAAUUCUCGAUGAUGGAGACUUGGUACACUUAAAAAGUCUAAAAGAAGAUAUUAUUUCCCAAAGUUCGACACACGGAAAUGAUCAUUUAGUUGUUGACCCUUGGUCAUCGUCAAGAAAGGUGAUUUUUAUUGAUGGAGAUUCUUUGACCACAAAAGAACUUGUUGAAUGUGGUAAAGGAAACCUUUUUAUUAAGUUAACAGAAAAUGCACGCCAUAAAGUGCAAAAAGCACGCGACCUAAUAAAUGAUAUUGUUCGUGAACAUAAAGUUGUAUACGGGGUAACAACAGGAUUUGGAAAUUUUGCAAAUGUUGUUAUUAGCGAAGAAAACUUAAAACAGGUGCAACUAAAUCUUAUAAGAUCGCAUGCAUCAUGUGUUGGAGAGCCGUUAACAUUAGAAAGAUCAAGAAGUCUAUUAGCAUUGAGAAUCAAUGUUCUAGCGAAAGGUUACAGUGGUAUUUCUGUUGAGAAUCUUGAAACAUUAAUUGAUGUAUUUAACUCUGGUUGCAUCUCAAAAAUUCCUCAAAAAGGAACGGUUGGCGCUAGUGGAGAUUUAGGGCCAUUAUCUCAUCUUGUACUAGGACUGCUUGGAGAGGGAUCAAUGUGGGGACCGAAGACUGGUUGGGCUGAUGCUUCAACGGUUUUAUCAGUUCACGGCUUAAAGAAAUUGGAUUUAGGACCUAAAGAGGGAUUGGCAUUAAUCAAUGGAACACAAAUGAUAACUGCUUUAGGAUGCGAAGCGGUGGAACGUGCCAAAGCUAUUUGCAAACAGGCUGAUAUUGUUGCUGCACUAUCAAUUGAUGUGCUUAAGGGAACAACUAAAGCUUUCAAUGAAGAAAUUCACAAAACCCGACCUCAUAAAGGACAAAUAUUGGUUGCUUCAAGGCUACGAUCUUUGCUUCAUUCCAAUGUCUAUCGUUCAGAAGUUUCUGAGAGUCACAAAUUCUGUGGAAAAGUGCAAGAUGCUUAUACAUUAAGAUGUUGUCCUCAGGUUCAUGGUAUUGUUAAUGAUACAGUUGAAUUUGUUAACAGUGUUUUAACAGUUGAAUGCAACAGUGCUACUGAUAAUCCUAUGGUAUUUGCAGAUCUAGGUCAAACAAUAUCAGGUGGAAACUUUCAUGGUGAAUACCCUGCAAAAGUUCUUGACUACCUUGCAAUUGGCAUACACGAACUUGCAAACAUGAGUGAGCGAAGAUUGGAGCGUCUUAUUAAUCCAAAUUACAGCAAUUUACCAGCUUUUCUAGUUAAUAAUGGAGGUUUAAAUUCAGGUUUUAUGAUAGCCCAAUGUACUGCUGCAGCUCUUGUAUCGGAGAAUAAGGUUCUUACACACCCAUCCUCCGUAGAUUCUCUCACCACAUCAGCAGGAACAGAAGAUCAUGUUUCUAUGGGUGGUUUUGCUGCUAGAAAAGCAAUUGACGUUGUAGAACAUGUUGAAUAUGUUCUUGCCAUUGAGUUGCUUGCUGCAUGCCAAGGAUUAGAAUUUUUACGACCACUUAAAUCAACUGAACCACUUGAAGCUGUAUACCGUACUGUACGCUCAGUUGUUCGAGCGUAUGAUACAGAUCGUUUUAUGGCUCCUGAUAUAGAAGCAGUAGUUAAGUUGCUACAAGAAGAAAAGAUUUGGAACGCUGUUGAACCAUAUAUCAAACUCUAUGAUAUCGAAAUGGAAAAAAAGAAUGAAGAGUUUGUACAGCCUCUAAGUAGUUAAAUGGUAGAUUCACCAUCGUGCGCCUAACCAACAUUGAAGAAAAAAAAUAGUUUUGUAACAGUUUUGUAUUUACUUUUAUUAAAUUAUAAACUUUU